GCCCUAAACUCGCGCUUUUGCCGUACUUCACAAAUAAACGGGAUUCGGGAAACAACAUUUGCACUCUACAGUUCCGCAUUGUGAUUAUUAUGCAGUCAUUUACAGCCAAUGCGACAUCGAUAGACUAACUGGAUCAAGUGAACGCAUGUUUUUAUUUGAAAAACUAGCUGUCAUAAAGCAGAAAUUACUACGAUACCGUAUUGCUCAGCUGAAGUGAUGACCAGGUAGUGAGUUAGUGAUGGAGAACAUUGAGGAGACGCCAUUUCGGAUCACCCAUACCGUCCAAGCUCUGGGCUCCACACUACGGGGAGAGUCUGAAAAUGUUUCUGAUGCAAAUGGUCUGGGUAGCGGGGACAGAAUCUCGAGUGAGCCGGAGAAGCUUUGGUUCAAAGAAAGCAGCGCUAAGAAUCUCCGAAACAGGGACUUCUUGUCACCCUCCACGGUGCUGAAUACGCUUUAUGCAGACGGACAGGUUCUCCCAGCAGUGAUGGUUAGAGUGCAGUCCCUGAGAGGGACAGGGGUUCUUCCUGUGGCUGGGGGGGAACUCAUGGGAGAGGGGCUGAGGGUGCGGGUCGACCGGACUGCUGUGUUUCAGAAGGUCCUGAGUGACGCGUCGGUAUACCUAAAGCCUCCUUGCCAGAGACAGAGGUGUGUGAUGCUCAACUGCCCCGCCCGGCACCCCAAACCAAAUUUACCCUCCCCUGACACGUUCACGCUGGGGCAACUACGCACUGUGCUGCUGACUGACCACUUAGGGGCGCUACUGAGGAGACGGUGCCCAUCAGCUGGACCAAUGACGAGAGGGAGGAGAACAUUUUGGAGGCUUUACAGAAUUCCCCUUACAGAGAAAGAGAGGAGACAGAUGGAGGAAGACGAGAGAGUGAAGGAAAGAAUAUGGAUGGAGAUAGAGGAGAUGCUCAGGGUGAACUUGAAGAGGGUGUUUCAGGAGGAGCAGCUGCCAGGGUAUGACCUCAGCCUGGGCACCUGUACAGGUGGACUCCAAUCAAGUUGUAGAAACAUCUCAAGGAUGAUCAAUGGAAACAGGAUGCACCUGAGCUCAAUGUUGAGUCUCAUAGCAAAGGGUCUGAACGUAAUAAGUGCAAAGGGACAGUGUGUCUCAUCUGGCCCAACUGGACAGGGCUACUGCUACUGCACUAGGCAUCUUGUUUGUGGACCAAUGAAGACACCUGGAACUCACCUCAGUGCUGCCCAGUACCUUCAACUGAGAAGAGUGCAGAUGGAGGCCUCAGAGAUUAAGUAUGGAGAACAAGUCGAAGACCAAACUUGGGAUGACAUCAUCAAGGUCAUGACCUCAGCCACAGUGAGGUUUGAGCUGCUCUCAACAGUCCAUACGAGCCCGGUCACUCUGGAUGUGCAGAGGGAAGGCAGUGUGUCCACCAAGGGCCUCAGAGGCGGAGUCUUCGUCAUGUACAACUGUGCUCGGCUGCACACCCUAUUUGACAGCUACGAGCGAGGUGUGGGGAAAGGACUUUACCCUGAAAUCCCAGAGGGCUCCCAGUUGGACUUCUCAGCUCUAAAAGAAGAGGGGGAGUGGCUUCUUCUGUUCGAUUACCUCAUUCCAUUCUCGGAGCUUCUCGACCAAACAGGACAGACGUUGGGGUGUGAUGGAGGGGCCAGAGUCAACCUGAAGACUGAACAGAUCUGCAAGUUCCUGGUGUCCCUCAGUAAGGAUUUUAGCUCCUAUUACAACAGAGUCCACGUCCUUGGGGAGCCGUUGCCUCACCUCUUCAAUCAGAUGUUUUGUCGGCUGCAGUUGUUGAGAGCACUAAGAGAGCUCUACCAUAGCGCACUAGACACUCUUCACCUUCCUCCCAUUCCACAACGAAAGCCAGAAUUAUAGCCCCAAGAACUGACCCAAAUUCCCCAACUAUAGCCCCAUGAACUGCCCAAAUAUAAGGCCCAUUAACAGACAAAAAUAUCACUAGCCUAUCCCAUAGAUGAAAUUGACAUAGAAAUGCCACUUUUACUGCCCAAAGGUAAUACUGUAGUUAGCAAUAGGCUUUUAUUUUCUCCAAAUUGAAGAUCUGUUACGCCCCCAUAUACUUACACCCUAUAUUACACCCACUCUAUUUAUUGCUGAUAAAAGAAGGUGUAUAAAUGAUUCACUCUACAGUGAAGUAUUUGUCUCCCCAGUCUUAUCACCAGUAUCUCUGAUGUACCACAGGUACAGCCUCUACCAUAGACACUCACUGCCUUUGAACCAAUGAUCAUCUUCAGUCUUCCCUUAUACAAUACCAUAGAUGAUUUUCCACUAACAAACACUGCCCCAGAGCCAUUGGUAUUUACACAGACUCUGCAUGUACACUGUAAGCACUGCCCCCGCCCUCAUCACUAGAUAUUGCUCCUGGCCAUGAGCCAUUUACGCUCCCCUACCUUCCCCCCUCCUUCUACUUGAACUGACUGUCUCAGUAUGAUGUGUGUGUGUGUGUGUGUGUGUGUGGGUGUGUAUCUCACACACACACAUACAGUGCAUUUGGAUUUUUCAGACCCCUUGACUUUUUCCACAUUUUGUUACGUUACAACCUUAUUCUAAAAUUGAUUACAUUUUUUUUUUUUUUUUCAUCAAUCGACACACAAUAUCCCAUAAUGAAAAAGCAAAAACAGGUUUUUAGAGUGUUUGGCAAAUGUAUUUAAAAAAAUAUAUGAAAAUAGGACAUUUACAUAAGUGUUCAGACCCUUUACUUAGUGUUUUGUUGAAGCACCUUUAACAGUGAUUACAGGCUCAAAUCAAAUCAAAAAUCUAACUUUAUUUGCCACAUGCGCUGAAUACAACAAGUGUAGACUUUACCAUGAAAUGCUUACUUACAAGCCCUUAACCAACAGUGCAGUUCAAGAAGAAGAAAAUAUUUACCAAGUAGGCUAAAAUUUAAAGUAAUAAUAAAAAGUAACACAAUAACGAUAACGAGGCUAUUUACAGGGAGCGCCGGGGCCCGAGUCGGGGUACAGGCUAGUUGAGGUAAUCAGUACAUGUAGGUGGGGGCGAAGUGCAUAGGUAACAGGUGUUACAAAUACACCAUGACAGCGCAAUACACAAGGGGUGGAACAGUGGCAAAGGUACCCCCAGGACAAACAGAAUAAUAUUAGUCUGAGGAGAGAUUAAAUAGCAUUAAUACAACAAAAAUAAUUCUAAACACACCUUUAGUUUACAAAGUUAAACAGAUGUAUUUUUUCUUCUUAAUAAGCAGGAGUAAUAUUCUUAGAUCAGAAUGACAGCAGACUGUACUUCUUUCCAUGUCACUAAAGACUUAACAGAAACAAAAUACAAAUUUAACUAGAAUGGCUUAUCUUUUCUCCCCCAACCCACCAAGAGGUAACAUGUAGAUAUACACAUUUACUUUCAAAGCAUACACACGAAACACACCCUAACAAACAAACAGUGAGUAGCAGCAGGGGGGGGGUGGUGUCAAUGUAAAUUGUCCAGUGGCGAUUUUUAUGAAUUGUUUAGCAGUCUAAUGGCUUGGGGGUAGAAGCUGUUAAGGAGCCUUUUGGUCCUAGACUUUGCGCUCCGGUACCGCUUGCCGUGCGGAAGCAGAGAAAACAGUCUAUAAUUUGGGUGACUGGAGUCUCUGACAAUUUAUCGGCUUUCCUCUGACACGCCUAUUUAUAUAGGUCCUGGAUGGCAGGAAGCUUGGCCCCAGUGAUGUACUGGGCCGUUCGCACUACCCUCUGUAGCGCCUUACGGUCAGAUGCUGAGCAGUUACCAUACCAGGCGGUGAUGCAACCGGUCAGGAUGCUCUCGAUGGUGCAGCUGUAGAACCUUUUGAGGAUCUGGCGGCCCAUGCCAAAUCUUUUCAGUCUCCUGAGGGGGGGGAAAGGUUUUGCCGUGCCCUCUUCACGACUGUCUUGGGAUGUUUGGACCAUGAUAGUUCGUUGAUGAUGUGGACACCAAUGAACUUAACUCUCGACUCUCUCCACUACAGCCCCGUCGAUGUUAAUGGCGGCCUGUUCGGCCCUCCUUUUCCUGUAGUCCACGAUCAGCUCCUUUGUCUUGCUCACAUUGAGAGAGAGGUUGUUGUCCUGGCACCACCUGCCAGUUCUGACCACCUCCCUAUAGGCCGUCUCAUCGCUGUCGGUGAUCAGGCCUACACUGUUGUCGUCAGCAAACUUAAUGAUGGUGUUGGAGUCGUGUUUGGCCACACGGUCUUGGGUGAACAGGAAAUACAGGAGGGGACUAAGUACACACCCCUUAGGGGCCCCAGUGUUAAGGAUCAGCGUGGCAGACGUAUUGUUGCCUACUCUUACCACCUGGGGGCGGCCCGUCAGAAAGUCCAGGAUCCAGUUGCAGAGGGAGGUGUUUAGUCCCAGAGGCCUUAGCUUAGUGAUGAGCUUUGUGGGCACUAUGGUGUUGAGCGCUGAGCUGUAGUCGAUGAACAGCAUUCUCACAUAGGUGUUCCUUUUGUCCAGGUGAGAAGGUGCAGUGUGGAGUGCGAUUGAGGUUGCGUCACCUGUGGAUCUGUUGGGGUGGUAUGCGAAUUGGAGUGGGUGGAGAGUAUCCGGGAUGAUGCUGUUGAUGUGAGCCAUGACCAGCCUUUCAAAGCACUUCAUGGCUACCGAUGUGAGUGCCACGGGGCGGUUAUCAUUUAGGCAGGUUACCUUCGCUCCCUUGGGCACAGGGACUAUGGUGGUCUGCUUGAAACAUGUAGCUAUUACAGACUCUGUCAGGGAGAGGUUGAAAAUAUCAGUGAAGACACCUGACAGUUGGUCCGCGCAUGCUUUGAGUACACGUCCUGGUAAUCCGUCUGGCCCAGCGGCUUUGUGAAUGUUGACCUGUUUUAAAGGUUUUGUUCACUUCGGCUACCGAGAGCGUUAUCACACAGUCAUUCAGAACAGCUGGUGUUCUCGUGCAUGCUUCAGUGUUGCUUGCCUCGACGCGAGCAUAAAAUGCAUUUAGCUCGUCUGGUAGGCUCACGUCACUGGGAAGCUCGCGUCUGGGUUUCCCUUUGUAGUCCGUAAAAGUUUUCAAGCCCUGCCACAUCCAACGAGCGUCGGAGCUGGUGUAGUAGGAUUCAAUCUUAAUCCUGUAUUGACACUUUGCUUAUUUGAUGGUUCGUCUAAGGGCAUAGCGGGAUUUCUUAGAAGCGUCCGGAUUUGUCUCCCGCUCCUUAAAAGUGGCAGCUCUAGCCUUUAGCUCAAUCCGGAUGUUGCCUGUAAUCCAUGGCUUCUGGUUGGGAUAUGUACGUACAGUCACUGUAGGGACGACGUCGUUGAUGCACUUAUUGAUGAAGCCAAUGACUGAGGUGGUGUAUUCCUCAAUUCCAUUGGCUGAAUCCCGGAACAUAUUCCAGUCUGCUAGCAAAACAGUCCUGUAGUGUAUCAUCCGUGUCAUCUAACCAGUUCCGUAUUGAGUGAGUCACUGGUACCAAUUUGUAAGUCGCUCUGGUUAAGAGCGUCUGCUAAAUGACUUAAAUGUAUUGUAAAUGGUACUUCCUGCUUUAGUUUUUGCUGGUAAGCAGGAAUCAGGAGGAUGGAAUUGUGGUCAGAUUUGACAAAUGGAAGGUGGGGGAGAGCUUUGAAUGCAUCUCUGUGUGGAGUAAAGGUGGUCUUGGAUUUUUCUUUUUCUGGUUGCGCAUGUGACAUGCUUGUAAAAAUUUGGUUAAACUGAUUUAAGUUUGCCUGCAUUAAAGUCCCUGGCCACUAGGAGCGCCGCUUCUGGAUGAGCAUUUUCUUCUUUGAUUAUGGCCUUAUAGAGUUGGUUGAGAGCAGUCUUAGUGCCAGCUUCGCUUUGUGAUGGUAAAUAGACAGCUACGAAUAAUACAGAUGAGAACUCUCUUGGUAGAUAAUGUGGUCAACAAUUUAUCAUAAGGUGCUUUACCUCAGGCUAGCAUUACCUCGAGACUUCUUUAAUAUUAGACAUCCCGCACCAGCUGUUACUGACAAAAAGACACACACCCCCACCCCUCGUCUUACCAGAGGUAGCGUCUCUGUUCUGCCGGUGCAUGGAAAAUCCCACCAGCUCUAUAUUGUCUGUUUCUUCGUUCAGCCACUUCUCAGUGAAACAUAGGAUGUUACCGUUUUUAAUGUCCCAUUGGUAGGAUAAUCUUAAUAAUAGGUCAUUAAUUUUAUUUUCUAACGAUUGCACGUUAGUAAGGAUAAUGGAAGGCAUUGGGAGUUUACUCGCUCGCCUCUGGCUUCUCAGAAGGAUCCCCGAUCUGCGUCCCCUUUUCCGGCGUAUUUUCUUCACGCAAAAGGCGUGGAUCUGGGCCUGUUUCAGUGAGAGCAGGAUAUCCCUCUCGUCAGACUUGAUGAAGGAAAAAGUUUCAUCCAGUACGUGGUGAGUAAUCACUUUUCUGAUGUCCAGAAAUUAUUUUCGGUCAUAAGAGGCGGUAGCAGCAACAUUAUGUACACAAUAAGUUAAAAAAUAAGUUAUGCAAAAAAAAAAAAAAAAUUGCACAACUGGUUGAGAAAAUGUAAAACAUCAGCCAUGUUCUUCGGCGCCGUCUUUAAUCCGUUUUUAAGUCAUCUUAAGUAUGACGCUGCAAGCUUGACACACCUUUAUUUGGGGAGUUUCUCCCAUUUCUUCUCUGCAGAUCCUCUCAAGCUCUGUCAGAUUGGAUGGGGAGCGUCGCUGCACAGCUAUUUUCAGGUCUUUCCAGAGAUGUUCGAUCGGGUUCGAGUCCGGGCUCUGGCUGGGCCACUCAAGGACAUUCAGUCUUGUCCCGAAGCCAUUCCUGCGUUGCCUUGCCUAUUUGCUUAGGGUCGUUGUCCUGUUGGAGGGUGAACCUUCACCCCAGUCUGAGGUCCUGAGCACUCUGGAGCAGGUUUUCAUCAAGGAUCUCCGUACUUUGCUCUGUCAAUCUUUCCUUCGAUCCUGGCUAGUCUCCCAGUCCCUGCCGCUGAAUAACAUCCCCACAUGAUGCUGCCACAAUGCUUCACCGUAGGGAUGGUGCCAGGUUUCCUCCGGAAGUGACACUUAGCGUUCAGGCCAAAGAGUUCAAUCUUGGUUUCAUCAGACCAGAGAAUUUAGUUUCUCAUAGCUUUACUCUUUUCUUUUAGGUGCCUUUUGGCAAACUCCAAGCAGACUAACGUGCCUUUUACUGAGGAGUGGCUUCCGUCUGGCCACUCUACCAUAAAGGCCUGAUUGGUGGAGUGCUGCGGAGAUGAUGAUUGUUUUUCUGGAAGGUUCUCCCAUCUACACAGAGGAACUCUGGAGCUCUGUCAGUGACCAUUGGGUUCUUGGUCCCUGACCAAGGCCAUUAAGGCCCUUCUCCCCCGAUUGCUCAGUUUGGCCUUGCGGCCAGCUCUAGAAAGAGUCUUGGUGGUUCCAAACUUCUUCCAUUUAAGAAUGAUUGAGAACACUGUGUUCUUGGGGACCUUCAAUGCAGCAUUUUUUGGUAUUUCAGUUUUUUAUUGUUAAUAAAUUUGCAAACAUUUCUACAAACCUGUUUUUGCUUUGUCAUUAUGGGGUGUGUGUGUGUCUGAAUACUUCCCGACUGCGUUGUAUAUGUGCCAUGGACUAACCCUCCACCACCACCACUGCAGUACUUCUCCUGUGCCAUAGUACAUACUAUACUGCACUGCGCCAGACCCCACUUCUCCAUUGUCGCUCUGUGCCAUAUCUUGGACAUUUAUUAUCGUGUACGUUUUGUGUGUUCGUGGUGUACGUGAAUCUUGGGUCAGACUAUUUUUCGCUCUCUCUAACUCUCAUCCACAAAGUUUUUGUCAACAGUGCAUCAGAUCAAUAUAUUUUUCACCUUCACUGAUUUGAUCAAUAAAUGAGUGUUAACCUCGGUGACCCUGCUGCUGUGUGUGAAGAUUUGUAGGUGUCAUAUUGCAGCACUGUGUUCCACUAUUUGUCAUUUUACGCUAGAAUCCUUAAUUGAACCAAUAACAAAGCGGUCACCCUGACUUUGAUUUGGUAAAAGCUGAAGGAUGUGCCUGAAGAAGAUUAACCACCCUCAAAUUCAUAGACAGAGCUAUGGAUGCAUGGACUGGCCAUCCAUGAUAUCACAAUUAUAGUUUUAACCAUGUUUUGAGGCUAUACAGUGUUUGUUUACACUGAACAAAAAUAUAAAUGCAACAUGUAAAGUGUUAGUCCCAUGUUUCAUGAACUGAAAUAAAAAAUCUCAGAAAUGUUCCAUAUGCACAAAAUGCUUAUUUCUCUCAAACGUGCACAAAUUUGUUUACAUCCCUGUUAGUGAACAUUUCUCCUUUGCCAAGAUAAUCCAUCCACCUGCCAGGUGUGACAUCUCAAGAAGCUGAUUAAACAUGAUCAUUACACAAGUACACCUUGUGCUGGGGACAUUAAAAGGUCACUUGUAAAAUGAGCAGUUUUGUCACACAACACAAUGCCACAGAUGUCUCAUGUUGAGGGAGUGUGCAAUUGGCAUGCGGCUGCAGGAAUGUCCACCAGAGCUGUUGCCAGAGGUCCGGCUUCACAACCGCAGAUCACGUGUAACCACGCCAGCUCAGGACCACCACAUCCGGCUUCUUCACCUGCGGAAUCAUCCGAGGGGGAGGGGUGUUGAGUAUGUCUGUCUUUAAUAAAGCCCUUUAGUGGAGGAAAACUCAUUCUGAUUGGGUGGCCCUGUGCCCUCCAAUGCCCACCCAUGGCUGCACCCCUGCCCAGUCAUGUAAAAUCCAUAGAUUUGGGCCUAAAUUAUUUAUUUCAAUUGACUGAUUUCCUUAUAUGAACUGUAACUAAGUAAAAUCUUAGAAAAUGUUGCAUUUAUAUUUUUGUUCAGUAUAUAUUGUUUACAAACAUUGGAGUAAAACAAGCUUAUAUUUUGGGUUUUGAUGCGGUACGACAGUUGAACUAAACUCAUGAGGCGUAUGUUAUAUUCUUCAAGAAUCAAUUGGUAUAUAUAAUUCAUUUAUAAGUCCAAAAAUGUAUUUAGCAGCUAAGUAUUCCAGCUUUAAGUGUGACAAGUUACAGGGAAAAAUCAAUAGAUGGUUGGAUAAUGCCUGGGGAUUACGGAAAUAAUUGGUUAUGAGAAUAAUUCAUUUGUAGGCAAUAUCAGAUAAUUUACCCAAUCAUAGCGCUAAUAAAAGAAAGGUACAUGGAUGCUCAAGUUCACCCUAGGCAAUUAAAAUGGGUGACGGGGCCACCUAAUUAGAUUCUUCCCCACGUUGGCGACUAUUGAGAAUAAUUGGGGGAUGUAAGAGCUCUCUCCUCAUUAGCUGGUCCUGCCACACCAAGCUCUAUGCUCUCUGUAUGAAAGAUGUAGUGAUUAUUUUCCCCUCCCCCCCUGGUUUCCUUUUGACCCCCCCCCCCCAUAAUGAGAUGGAACAGCUGGCGUUGGAGCUCUCCACAGGCUUCAGCUGUCUGGCCUCCCAACACCACCACCACCAUGGGUCAACAUAUUCCAGAGCUACAGGAGGACAGGCUCAUUGUAAUUGCUGGAAUGGAGUGGAGUCAAACAUAUGGUUUUAUACCAUUCCAGACAUUACAAUGAGCCUGCCCUCCUAUAGGUCCUCCUACCAGCCUCCACUGAACUAUUCAUUAUGACACACUGUAGUAAAAUGCUUUGCAAUGUAAAAUGAAUUUGAGCCUUUCUGAUUAGACAUAUUUUGGUAGUCACUCCCUGUUUAAUUCUGUUUCCUUCUGUUUAGUGCCUAAUAAAUACACCUCAUAUCUCUA